AUGAUACGGCAAACACGAAGUCAGGAGACACUAAGUACACUUGUAAAUGAUGGCAACAAUAACAUCAAUAAUCUUAUUGGAGCGACAGACACCAACACUUUGACAGAAGACGAGUAUGCUUCAGAUUUGAACUCCUUAGUAUCGCAAGAUACACUUAUCCACCAAUCAAGCACUAGAAUAAUGGGCUAUCCACUUUCUGAAUAUCGAUAUCCAAAAGAAUUGCCCUUGGUCUCACAUUUUUUACACACGGGAAUCUCAUUGUAUCCUAGUUGGCAAUCUCUAAGUCCAUCACCUUUAUGUUUGUCUUCAUCCUCAUCCUCAUCCUCAUCUUCAUCCUCAUCCUCAUCCUCCAAUUCUUUUUCAUCUUCACAGUUGGCUUGUGCACCUAUACUAUGUAGACCGGCAAAGCUUUUCAAUAAUAUUUUCAAUUUCACAGCUCCAUUCCUCAUUAUUGAGUCUGCACCAAAGACUGUGUUUUGCCGAGUCGAUUUCAAGAUUUAUAGUAACCACAUCACCUAUUAUGUGAUGACAUUCCCAACAUUGGAAAGACAAGUAUAUUUGUUGAAUAACAAUAGUCAUUCUCCAAGUGCCGACUUUGUUAUAAAAAGCACAGAAAACAAUCGACAUGGCAUGGCAACAUCGAGUCUGCUUAAUACCACAAAUGCCACACGAGAUGAAGACAAUGCAGAAGAAGAAGAAGACGGAGAAGAGGGAGAAAGAGGAAGAGAAAGAGAAAGAGAAAGAGAAAGAGUUGGGGAAGGGGAUGUUGAUGAAACGCAUUUUAGAGUUUCUGGCGUUACUGGAACACUGACUGCGUUUGCGCUGCGACAUGGUCUGAUUCAAGUACACAUUAUGGCUAAUUCCAAAGGGUUACUCACUGAGAAUAUGUGUGUGGAUUUAGCUAAGAAGCGGGUCAAGUUGCAAGAUAAUGAAUUGAGUAAAUUGAUCCAGUGUCAGGAUCGUAGGGGAAUAGAUGAGUUGAUGAAGAAUAAAAGCAAAAAAUUGGUGGACUCACCGGUGGCUGUUUACUUUGAUCUUGGUGAUGUCAAGAUGAAAUCAGGUGCUGGUGUAGCAGGGGGUGGCAGUGCUAGUGGCAGUGCAAGUGCCGGUACAGGCAUGGGUACAAAUGCAAAUGUGAAUCUGAAAAGCAGUGGUGGUGGUGGUGGUAGUGGUGGUAAUAUGUAUGGGGCGGGAGGAUACAUUAAGCAUGGUGUGAUUAAAAUAUGGGAUCAUUUACCUAGCACAACUUGCAUAUCCAAUAGCAAUAGUAACAAUGAUAGUCUGAGGAUUGGGGAUGCUGAGCGAGGACAUGUCAAGAAUGGAGGUGUAAGUGACGAGAUGAUGAUUAUCUGUUGUGUAUUGAUGGUGUUGAGGGAGCAAGAAUCGAGAAAGUACAAGGGAGACAAAAAGGAGAGGGUAAACAAAGCGGAGUAG